ACGGCAUUUCACCUGUUCGCCAACCCGCCAGUCUGGUUUACGCGCCCGGUCAUCCGCCGGCGCUACAAGUGGCUAUCCCACUUCGACUCUCGAACGAGCGCGCGCUCGAUCGCCUGUGGCUCUUUGUCGCGAUCCGCGAGCACGCCGGAAACGUUCGUAGAUCGCGCGCGGGUACGUACGCGCGUACGUCUCGUGACGUUCUCGAAGGGCGUUACAUCGUGAUUCGAUUUGCUCCGAACGCCGAAGGACUUUGCCUCGAGACUGAGACCGCACUCCACUCGGCCAUCGGCAAGCGUCAGCGCGACGAUGCUCGCACCGUUCCGUCGGCGCUCCAGCUCGCCUCGACGAAGCGCAGCGUCAUAAACAUCCCGGGGACUUCAAGGUGCGAUGAUUCGUGCGACGGGCCGAGCCUCGAAAUUGCGGGAAGAAUCUGACGGAAAGAAGUCGCAAAUAGCCGUGGCUGGAGAUCGAUACUGCGACGCGAAAUACGGUGAAAAUUCCCGAGCUCGGGGGACCCACGUUCGCGAGCAGGAAGCGGCGAGAGGCGAGCGGCAUCGUGUCGACCUUCUGCGAGAUCGAUGCUUGUAGAUUUCGAAGCGUACCGCGGCAUUUCGGUCCCUAGGAACGUGCCAUCAAGAGCGGAGAAAGCCCGCGAAGACAACGACGACGACGACGACGACGACGACGACGACGACGACGACAAGGAAGAGAAGGAAGAGUACGAUGACAGCGGCGACCGUCUGAACAGCCGGCGUCAGCAUUCGCACGGAACACCACGAGGACAGCAGCCCGUAAAAAUGAGCUUCUUCAACUCCCUGCAGGAGUACGUGACGAACAGCGUGAAGAGGUUCUCGUUUAGUCGCGAGGACUCGACUACCAGCGGGACCGGGAGGAGCAGCUCCACCGGAAGCGUCACCUCGACCACCACCACCGGCGGCGGCGCCGUUUCCCAGCAAGCCACGCCGCAUGGCUUUCCCAAGGUCGUACCGCCGCCAGGAACCGUCACGUCGUCGCACACGCGCUCGCUCUCGACACGUAGACGCACCCUCGAGUGCACUUCCACUCCGGGACUAACGGUGCAUCCUGCGGCAGGAAGCGGCGCCACGUCGCCGAGAAGAGUCGGCUCCUUUCGCCGUAGCGGCGGAUCCGACGAUCGACCGCCUCUUCCGUCGUUCUGCCGUCGCAGACCAUCUUGGCAGGAGUUCGACGUACAAGCCACUUCUGGUGUUCAAGAGACAGAUGGAUCCUUCUUCGAGAGCUUCACCGCGUUAUCCUGGAAGCAGGAGAAUCGGAGGCGCGCUGUCCUGCAGGAAGCGGAAGCGAGAGCGAUGGAACCGCAACCGCCGUCCAGAAACUCGACUUUGAUUUCGCAACCGUAUCGGCUUAGCAAAAAGGAGAUGGAGCAAUUGUACAUAGAAGUCCUUUACACGAUCGCGAACACAGUGGGCGCCAGCACGGGCCAAUACGCACAUUACAAGGAGGAUCUGUAUCGGUACGCGCAAGAAGCGUUCGGCGUCCCGCAGGAUCAGCACCGACGAUAUCUCAAUAUUGCCUCGGAGGAGAAGCCACCUAUCGUCGUGCUGAGCGUGGUGGUGAUCGAAGCCGACGGGCUCGAGGCGAAGGACGUCAACGGAUUCAGCGAUCCUUACUGCAUGCUGGGAAUACAGCCCGGCAACGCAGGUGCGCCGUUGAGCCCGCAAACGAACUUAACGGCGCACUCGCCGCACACACCCCCGGCAUCCCCGCGGCAAACGACUCGCGCCUUGUCUGAUGGCGGCGAGAACGAGAAUUCGCAUCACGAGAAGCUCCGCAAGCAUCACAGUUUCAGGCUCUCGUUUAAGCGCAAGGAGCACAGCAGCAGGCGGGAGCACCGCGAGUCCUUGAGCAGCGCUUUACCCGCGAAGUUUAUUCGAGCCACCUCGGUGAAGCCGCACACGCUGAGCCCGCGAUGGAACGAGAAGUUCCGUUUCGACAUCGACGACGUCAGCACGGACAACCUCCAUCUGGACAUAUGGGACCACGACGACGAGUCCUCGGUGUUCGACGCGGUAAUUAAACUCAAUGAAGUGCGGGGUGUGAAAGGGCUCGGACGGUUCUUCAAGCAGAUCGCGCAGAGCGCCAGAUCUGGAAGUCAGGACGACUUCUUGGGUUGCGUGAACAUUCCCUUACAAGAUAUUCCGAGCACCGGGCUCGACCAAUGGUACAAACUUGAGGCACGAACACAAAGGAGUAAUAUCCAAGGCAGAAUCAGACUGAAAUUAUGGCUGUCGACGCGAGAGGACCGGGGAACGUCCGAGGAGGAUAAUUGGGGCGAACUGAGGCAACAGGAAAGGCUCUACACAGUAUUCCUCAAUCACGAGAUGAACAAACAAGGGGCAGACUUCACCGGAGAACUGCCGCAAACUGCGCUGACGAUCCUGCAUCAACAUGCGGUGCAAGGUGACGUGACCGAGUUACAGCAGGCUUUAAUAAGGUGGGUGGCGAGUUCUCGACAGCCCGCCGUGGAUCCGCGAACGCUUCAUCGGUUACUCCAGGAGCUCAACAACCGAUGGCACACGGAGACCUUGUCACGUGACGCGGAGCAGUGCCUGGCAGAUUCCUUCAACGAUUUCUUGGAGGUGUCCCUGAAGAAGGUCAGGCAACACCGAGUGCUAUACCCGCCUCAGCACGAACCGACGUUAGUGAAACUGGAGUACCUGCUCAGGUGCCUGGGACUUCUCUCGAACAUGAAGGCUUUCCGCACUUGUUGUCCCUUCAACAAGGAAAUUCGAGGAGAAAUCAUUACCGCUCUCAGGAAGGGAACACUUGAAUGGUAUGAAGACACCAGGCAGCAGACAAUGUGCCACGAUCAGGAACCCGAUCAGGACGCAGACCGGGUCCUGCAAGACUUCACGAACUUGGUAACCGCAUUAUUGGUCGAUCUGGAGCAGGGACUUGAAUGUUAUAACAGUCUCUUUGAAAGCACGAACGGUGUGCCAUAUUUUUCGGCAGUUUACAAGCAACUGGAGAAGCUGCUGGCGGAACACGUGGCGAAACACAUGGAGAACACUUCCGAGAUGCACAACGAGCUCGGCGCGAGGGUCACCACCGCCUGUCUGCAGCUGCACGGCCAAGACAGGGAUGAAGAAUACGUUUUGCCGCCGGGCGCCGAGAUAGGAACACCGAUCUUCGAGCUUUACCUAGCGCUUCAAGAUUUCGUGAACAUGAAGGAGAAUCUGCCGCAAUCGGAUCAUAAAACUUUGGCGAUCUGCAAGUAUUACGAGUGGUUUAGACCAGCUGUCGACAAAUGGCUGGAUCUGGCGAAGCUCAAGGCGGUUCUGAGGGUGCGGAGGGCGGGCGAGCUCGAUCGGGUCUGCAGCGGGGAUCCUGCGUCGUUCAGCUACAUUGUCAAGCACGGCACAUCGGCGAACGACGUCACCGUGUGCUUUUAUCAGAUCAAGGAAUUCUGGAAGAAACUGGCGUGGCCGGAUUUGCUGGGAUCUAAUAACUUCGUACUGAAGGUCAUCGAUGCGAUUUGCAGCUCCGCGUCGUACUACGCGGAGAUAACUCACCAGAAGUUGGCGGACAGCGGAUAUUACGAAGACCAUGCGCCAUACAAGACCACCGACGAGAUGUGCGUGGCCAUUAACGGCCUCGAGUACGUGCGAAGGUGGCUGUUGGAUCUGGGGGACGAGCUACGCGUGGAGCAGAUCCUAGCUGCUCUGGAGAAUCAAGCGGGCGAGUCCGUGCGAAUGCAGUGGCGAAACGCUCUGCUGACACCGCUGGAGCAAACUCCCGCACAGAUGAUGCACUACAUCAAUCAGAUAAUCUCGAGAAUCGGAGCGAAGAUGAGACCGCCUUUGAAGAAGGCAAUGUUCCACUUGGCUUGGUCGCCCGAUAGCUUACCGACCACGGAGGCUAUUGCGCCUCUUAUUGAAUACCUGGACGUUCACUUGGUGGCACUCAAUAGAGAUUUGCUGUCCGCGAGUUUCAAUCGCGUUCUGCACGAGAUCUGGGAGGUGGUCCUCAGCGAAUUGAGCAACCAGAUGGACGGUAACGCCGAGGACAAACCAAAGAUGUUUUACGAGAGACUUCAUGAGGCGCUCGACUUGCUGGUGAAGUUCUUCCACGCCGACGACAGGGGUUUACCCAUGGAAGUGCUGCGUCGGCAGAGCUUCAUGAACGCGGAGGAACGUCUUCAGUAUCAUAAAAUGGACACGACCUUCUUGAUCGAUCGAUAUUACCAGCAACGCCUUCUGGAUCAGUUGAACACAGUUUCCUACGAAUACGGUGUCCUGACAGUACGGGCUUAUUUGAACCAUGAUUCUCUCUGCCUCGAGGUGAUAAACGCCAGAGACGUCAUACCGCUGGACCCAAACGGGUUCAGCGAUCCUUUCGUGAUAAUCGAAUUGUUGCCGCGGCGAGUAUUCGAGCACUGUGCUGAACAACAGACAAACGUGAAGAAGAGGACUUUGAAUCCAAUGUUUGACGAAUGUUUCGAAUUCUCGGUGAGCGUGGAGCAGUGUCGUGAUGUCAACGCGAUGGUACUCUUCACGGUGAUGGAUCACGACGUUCUCACGGCGAAUGACUUCGCCGGCGAGGCUUUCCUAGGACUCAGUACCAUACCCGGCGUCGCUGACACGAACACUAGCAUAGAUAAUUUUCAUGGCCUCAAACAUCAGGAGUUACCGCUUAUGCACCAGAAGAAUCGGAACCAACCGAUCCUUCAGAUCUUGGAAACUCGAAUCGGCGACAAAAUGGCUCUCGACUUUGUGAAGAAGCAAAAACAACGAUUCGCCACGACGUAAACGCACCUGGCGCCGACGAAAGAAAAGAAGAUGAAAAAGAAGAAGAAGAAGAAGAAAAAGUAGAAGAAAAAAGCCGCGACGGUACAUCGCGUUCGCCAUCAAGACUUGCACACUAAACUUUAAGAGUCAAUGGAAACUGAAGAAGAGGAGGAGAAAGAGGAGGAAUUCCAUCCCUGCGAUAUAUCGUCGAAUCUCACUCUCUCCCUCCCCUUUCCUCCCCUUCCCUCUCUCACUGUCACUCUCUUUCUCUCUCUGUCUCUCCCUCUCUCUCUCUUUCUCUUUCUGUCUCACACACUCUAUCCUGCCAAUCCUUCUGCCAGCCUUCAUCCCAAAGAUCCGUCAGAUCUAUUUCAAUGUAAAUUGUGUUGAAUAUAAUCGGUGUUGGUUAAAAAAAAAAAUAAGAAAAAAAAAGAGAAAAAAGUGGUAAGCACGGCGUAGAGAAAAAGGGUCAAGGAAGAUAUAUAUAUAUAUAUA